AUGGGGAGCACCACAAAGCGGCCGAACCCUCCUGGAUCCAGAACCUCUUCUGUUUCCAGCAUCCCAGCGGCGAUCCGAAACAAAAAGAAAAAAACUGUAAUUGAAGGAGAUGACGGAUCCGAAUCGGGCGACAGCCAGGAGGUCUCCAACCCAGAAACGCCGGCCAGUACUCAAAACUCAAAGGAGGCCUCACGCUCAGACGAGCAAGAACUGACGAGCGUAUGCGCCGGGCUGUGUUGGACGGACGAGAGCACAAUUAUUGGUGGCAUCGCUCCGCCGACGAGGUCUGGUGUUCUCGGGCCGAGUUUGAGGACGAACGGAAGCAGAUUGGAUGAAUUGCGGAGCUCGAUGACCAAUCGAUUGGAAGAAGAACGUACGAAGUUCGAGGCCGAGAAGAGCGACUUAAUCUCGCAACACGCCGAGCAGAUCAAGUCCAUGGAGUCCCGUCAUGAGGACCAGAUUAACGACCUCAAGGCCGAACACGAAGAGAUCUUGGUCGCUUCCCUCACCAAAUUAGAUUUACGUCGGACCCGCAAAUUUGAGAGUAACCUCAGUGCCCUGCAAGAGAAACAUCUGGCGGAGAUCAAUGAGAUCAAGCUCGAUCAUCAGAAACAGAUCGAGGCUAUCACCGCCAAUCCUGAGACCUCGGGCGGCCCAAAGAGCGGCACUCCGGAUGGGGAUUCGACGAUCACAUAUCUCUCAGAAGCGUUAUUAGAAUCGUCACCCUCGUUACCCGGGCUGCCGACGCAGACACAUCUCUAA